AUUGACAACGUACCUUGUGGUGUCCCUCAUUUUCGGUGGCAUUGCGUACGUUGCGUACCUCUCGUUUGUCCCCCAAUCCAAGAAGCCCAGACGCACGGCUGCUUCCGUUAGCGCACCCGUGGGUUCUGUGACUGCUACGGGUGCUGGAGGCUAUCAGGAAGAAUGGAUCCCGGAGCAUCACUUACGAAAAAACAAGGCCAAGAAGGGUGGGCCAGCUAGUGGUGAUGAGCUGAGCGGUGGGGAGACUAGCGGUACGGAAGGGAGGAAGCGGAAAGGCCGGAAGUAAUAGCUUGCCCUCAAAAUUGUUCUAUGCAGACUGCAGACCUAUAUUUAUUUCUGGGGAAUGCAUGCUAAAUUAAUGUCAACACGGAUAUCCGGACCGCCACCUAAUUUCUUGAAAAUUACGCAUGUUUCCUUCAUGUCAACAACCAUGUCGAAGCAGGAUGUGACCAGAUUCAACGCACUUCCUCGUACUCCCCGUGCCCCCUCUGGCCGUGUCGCCAACGAUUGGCACUUUGAUCUUCGUUUUAUCCAUCUUGAUCCACCAUCUCAUUUGCUUUUCAUGGUGCAGCCCGAAAGCACCUUCAUUCACACCGAGAUACUUGGCAGUAAGCCAAUGAUGUUUUUCCCAGAAACCGGAAAGGAAGCUGCACCGGAAGUUGCGAGAGGCUUGAUUCGUGCUUUCCUAACCUCUUUUGGGGAAAUCGGAAUGACUCCCUUGGCUCCGUGGAAGUUGACGACGGAGGAUACUGAUCUAGCCACCGCCGUCGGAGCCGAAUUCAAGAGACUGGGUGUCAGAAAGGAACUGUGUAAAAUAAGCGUCUCCCAAUCUAACGCGGUCAUCGCCAGAGAAUCCUUUGAAGGUUUCUUCAAAGGCCUCAAGUCCCACAUGAACUUUCCGGAAGUGGCAUCUGCGGCUGUCAGUUGUCCGGAGUCUAUCGCGUUUCACAAUUUUACCCCUCCUUCUUCCGUGUCGCGAGCAGCAGCGAAUGUGCGUCACGAACGCGACGACGAUACAAUCUUAGUCGAGACCGCACUUGCAUAUGCUAACAUCCGCAAGAACUGCAUUCCCAUAGACUUUUCUAAAUCCGUGGAGGACAUCUGGGGAGCUAAAAUCGGGAAGGAAAUUGACAACGUUUUGGACAUGGUCGAGUCAAAGCCUGAAAGGGUUAUCAAAGCCAAAGCGGAUGCUGGAAACUCAGAGGCUGCCUUGGAUUACGGUUUUAGGCUCAGAAACGGACUCCAAUGUACUCCCAAUCGCGCUCUUGCGAGACGUUACCUGGUGCAAGCCGCACUCGAUACCGAAGCGCCCGCUGAGAAGAGAUCGAUCGCUCACAGUGCCCUAAUUAACUGGUACACCGAAAGCAGUGAAGACUUUCGUCACCGUUACCUGCAGGCGGCAGCAUGGCAUGCCAACGAGAGCGUGAAACUUGUUCCAGGAAAGACCUCUCCGACUGCCAUGUCGUUCGCCCAGAAUGUUAUGAAACCUCAGGCAGAGCACGCUGUUGAUAUGUAUCUUCAAUACAAGGAGCUGUGGUCUGUCCUUGAGAAACGAGACAAGGACAUCGAGAAGGGUCAGGCCAAGAUGGAUCAGAAACGUAUGACUCGCCCAAAUCGCUACAAAUGUGCGACUGUUGGCUGUGGGAUUGAAGCUGUUUCUGGACGCGUGCUUUCUCGAUGUUCGGGGAAAUGUGACGCAGACAAGAAGCCCUAUUAUUGUAGCAGAGAGUGUGCUUCCUCUGACUGGAAAAACCAUAAACCAUUUUGCAAGCCAGGAGCCCCUUGCUCGGUUAUAGAUGUCAAGGGCCCAUCUUCAAUUGGAUCAGAAAAUAACAAAGAUUCGAUACAAAUCCCGAUGAACUUUGGAGAUGGAAGAACGACUAUCAUCAGCUCUUCGACCAUGAGUCCGGAAUUCCUAAAGGAAAUGAGAGACUUAGCCGAAGCUGACGCCGCAGGUCGCGACAAGCUGCUACCUGAAUCUUUUACAAUGGAGAUGGAAAGGUUGGAUAUCGGAUCAGGAUCUGGAUUAGUAAGCCGGUCUGUUGAGUCCGAGGAGGUGGAUUGAAUAUGUACGUUGUUGAAAGACUGGAUCUACGCACGAGUGUACUAGUACUACGAAUUAGACCAUGCGCAAAAUUUCACUGCUGUGCUUGAACCUAAUGCAGUCUACUAAAUGACAGGAACUUGAUUCCUGGCACGAUCCUGUGAAGAGGUGAGUGGUGAUUAGGCGAUUAAUGACCGAACAUGUAAAAAAUGUGUUCGUUACCAAGCGCACACACCCAUGCGUCAAGGGUAGACGACUUUGCCCACGAAG